UAAUAAAAAUAUUAGUGAGGUUAUAUUAAAAUACUUAUUUUAAAUACGGAAACAUUUUGUGACUGUAAAAUGAACGAAUAUCUAUCAGAAACUUUAAGUAAAAUGAAAUCACACAACUUUACUACUUUAAACAUUGUAAUGGGUAAUGAAAGCUGUGAUUUAGACUCGGCAGUGAGCUCUCUUGUCUACGCUUCAUUCCUCAAUUGGUCUUAUGAGAAAUCUUCAAAUGAGAAUGAUAAUUCUAUAUUCAUCUCUAUGUUAGAUGUGGAUAGAUGUGACUUUGCUUUAAAAACUGAGGUUGCAUUUUGCCUAAAGGAGUGUGGGAUUUUGGAGAGUAAUUUAGUUUUUCGAGACGAUGUAGACUUACAAGAAUUAGUAACAACGUCUCAGACGAAUGUGAUAUUAGUUGAUCACCAUGUUUUGUCGAAAAGAUUACAGUUUUUAACACCGUUUGUAAAUGAAAUAAUCGAUCAUAGACCGUUGGAUAAAACUCAAUGGAAAUACAAGGAUGGUGUUCGGAGUUUCAUCGUUACUGUUGGCUCUUGUUGUACGUUGGUCGCCCAAAGGAUUAAAGAACAUGGUUUGGUAGCGGAUACAUUUUUCAAAGAGUAUCCUGUGUGUGCGGAUAUUUUACACGACGUAAUAAUAUUGGACACGGUGAAUUUUUCAAAGGAAGUCAACAAAGCCACGCCUCUUGACGAGGACAGUGCUGUUUAUUUGGAGGGAAUGAUCGAAUUGGAAGAUAUUCAACAAGGAAGGCAGUCGAAGUUAGAUCGCUUGCUCAGAGCGCGCAGUGACGUCACAUCGCUGACCCCAUCGCAGCUUCUUAGGAAAGAUUUGAAGAUCUUGGAAGACAUAUUCGUACCGAGCUUCCCUAUACUUGUUAAGGAAUUUCUUCAAAAACCUCAAGCGUUCGAAGCCGUCAACGAAGCCCUGACUUUGAGGAGUUGUAACUUAGCCGUGCUACUCGGCAUGGACCUCAACGAGGGUCUCAAGCGGGACGUCGCUGUCAUCAGCUCGUGUCCGGAGAGGGGUGAUAAGCUAGCAAAGUUCCUCCAAGAAUGGUCCAGCCCCCCACUUCAACUGGAACCUGAAUCGGACACCUGUCUCUACUUCAAACAGCUGAAUCUGGCCGCUUCCAGAAAACAAUACAUGCCGGCCUUGAAUGAGUUCUUAAUUAAAAAUUAA